AUGGAGAAGAACCAACAAGUGGAUGAUCCUCUUGCACCCACAAGCGGCCAAAACCCUAGAAGUGACCAAGAGUCCUUGAGCAAUCACAUGGAACAAGAGAAGCGCCAGAAGAGGCUCAAGUUGGCUGCUUACAUCGCCGCCUUCGCCGUGUUCCAGGUUAUCGUCAUUCUCGUCUUCGUCCUCGUCAUCAUGAAGGUCCGUACCCCGAAAUUCCGCGUCGGGACGCCCAGCAUCCAGGCCCUCACCUCCAAUGUCGGGCCGGCUGCCUCGUCCUUCAACAUGACCCUCGUCGCGCCCUUCAGGCUCAAGAACCCCAACUUCGGCCCUUACAAGUAUGACUCGACCACCGUCGUCUUCACCUAUGGCGAUGCCGUCGUGGGGCAGGUUGCGAUCCCUAAGGGCAAGGCCAACUUCAAGUCCACGCAAAAGUUCGAUGCCACGGUUGGGUUGAACUCCAAUUCUUUGUCCAACACCUCGAGUUCGAGUCUCGGGACCGAGCUGACCUCCGGGGUCCUGACGCUGACGAGCUCGGCAAAGCUGAACGGUAAGGUCCAGUUGAUGCUCAUCUUCAAGAAGAAGAAGUCCACGAGCAUGGAUUGCACCAUGACGAUCAGCACCGCAUCACGAACCGUUCAAUCGGUGACUUGUAAAUGA